AUUUGUAUUAAUGCAUGUAUAUCUGGGUGGGUUUGUAUUUUAGGUAGUUUUAUUCUACUUGAAACUUUUAACCCUUAUUUUUGGGAAAGUGGACUUCAGAUAAGGCAUCGGUGGAUGCAGGACCCCACGCAAUAUAGUGAGAUAUUAUAGAUAUAAUAUACGGGAUCUGCAUCACUUGCUGAGACACUUGGAUAUAACUGUGCAUGAAAGAUGUUUUUCAUUUUGUUGUUUGUGUAGUUUAAAACAAAAGCAAAACGCAGAGCUCCCCAAGGCAGCGUGGAUGUGUCAAUAGAUAAUGGAAUGUCAAAUAUCAUUAAGGAGGAUACUUUUUCUGGCUGCUCUUCAAGGUUGGUUCCCAGGCUCAGAGUCUCAGGAUCUCCUCGCUUCCCUCCCGGAGUCCAUCCCAGCACUGAGGGGAUCCUGUGUGGAGAUCCCCUGCACAUUCCCCUGGGUGUUUGUAGACUUCCAACUGAUUUGGUACAGGGAGCAGCCAUUUGCUGACCCCCAAAUCUUUAAUAAUGAAAACCCAUUGGAUAUACAUGAAGCAUUCAGAGGCCGAACGUUCCUGGUGGGGAAUGAAUCAAACAGCUGCUCCCUGAGGAUUGAUGAUGUGAGAGACAGUGAAACGUAUUAUCCGUGUAUAAAUGGGAAUAUUAACUGUAAUCAGUACAGAGGAUUUAAUAAAGUCCGGGUUCAGGUGACAGAUACACCAGAGAGACCAGUACUAACGCUGCCCCCCAGUCUGACUGAAGGUACCCCUGCCCGUAUCACCUGCUCUGUACAGCACACUUGUGCCCACAAUCCCCCUGUGCUUCAAUGGAACAAAGUCGGCUUUAAUAGAACAGAGCGGAGCGAAGAACUUGAGGGAGGAGUCUGGAGAUUUGUAAGUGAAAUUGAGUAUAUCCCGACCUAUCAGGAUGAUGGCUCUCCCAUUGUAUGUGAAUCUAAUUACCGUACGGGACAGGUCUUAGAGGACACAGCCACCUUAGAUAUCACAUAUCCUCCCAAAAAUGUUACAGUUAUUAAACUUGAUGGUGAGAAAAAAAUUGAAGAAGGAGAAGAAGUGACUUUACAAUGUGCCAGCGAUGCCAACCCUCCCGCUAAUAACUAUACCUGGUACCGCAUUAAGAAAAAGGAGGAGCUAAAGGAACAUGGGGAGGAGAUAACUGUGACUAUAAACUGGGAGAAUGUGAUGUUUUCCUGCUCUGCGAGGAACUGGCUGGGGAAUAAUGAUUCUGCCAUAAUAGAUCUGCGCCUGUUCUUUUAUGCCAAAGUGGCCCAUAUGGGAGGAAAACGAGAGUUUGAAGAGGGUGAAGUCCUGCAACUUGAAUGCCACUUCUCAAUGAGUCGCCAAUGGCCAUUCCAGUACAGCUGGUAUAGGAAUAGAAUCUCCUUGAACAAUGAGACACAAAGGACACUGAGAAUAUAUGAUGUUAAGGAAUCUCAUUCUGGGAAUUACAGCUGUAAGGUGUAUACCUCGGAUGGAAAUUUCUCUUCCCUGUUAUUUGCAGUUACAGUCACAGCGUGUGUGCCUGGAAAUAGCUUCUCAAAAAUCAUCAUUUUGCCUUCAGUCAUUGCCCCCCUUCUUAUAGUAUUGAUUUUAUACUAUAUUUUAAGAAAAAGACAACUUCAAUGCCCUGCUUGGUGUCAGGGAAAGACAAAUAUGGAAACAAAGAGUGAAGCCCCCUAUACAGACCUGAUGCCGAGAGACACCACAGUGGAAUAUUCUGAAUUAAAGAAUGAUUACAAUCCGUGUGAAAGUUUAAUAAUCAUAUCGGACUGUUAUUACAUAAACACCGUGAUCUUUAUUGUUGGGUUGAAAUGGGAAUAA